AUUUGGUGUGAAGUUCUAAGUUUUUAACCAAGUUUUUAACCAAGAAUAUCAUCUCCUGUACAGAUUGACAUCUACCAUUAAUGCCAACACUUAGUGUGUAAUGUUGAAUAAGCCAACUGAGAAGUUUAGGAUUCUGACUUUAUAUUUUAGCCUUCCACCCCUGCUUGUUCAGCUUCUUCCUUCCUGUUAUUCUUGUCUGUGAGGUGUUCAUUUAGUCCAAAAUGCUUGGUUGACAGCACAAAACUAUCACAGAAAACAGUUUUGUUUCUGUCAAAGACUAGACCCGAAGACUUUAAACACUUGAACUUCAUUUUUGACCUGUAAAUGUCAGUGAAGUUUAACAGUGAUAUUUUAUGUAUUUUUAAGCCUUAGUUUUGAGCCUUAGCCUGAAAACAAGCUCUGCCUUUAUAUUUAUGCAGGGUAGGAAAGAACUAUUCUUUCUGAAAUAAAAAUACAGGAAAACAAAUAGGUUUCCAGCACUUCUUACUCCGUGUGUUAACAGAUGUGCUCUAGUGGCUUCUAAAUGAACCUUGCCCAGUGCUAAGAUGAUAAAUCAGAUAAAUGAGUCCAAGCAAAAUAAACUUGAAAUCCCUCAGCUGAAGCCAGUGUUCAGACACACAAAAUGCCGGUGCACUGGUGUCAAAAGGAGAGAAUUUUUUAUUCUCCCAAAUCCAAAUAACAGUGUGGGCCAUGUGCUAUGUUAGAAGAGUAAUGUAAAGUGGGCAAAACUAUCUCCCAAACUUCCUGCAGCAAAAGAUCAGUGUCAGCUCUCUGAAUUCUUCAUGUGCACAGCAUCAGCACAGUUAUCAGGCUUUGAGGUUAACACCAUGCAAGGUGCUGGAGACUGAAGGUUGCAAACUUAGAGUUCCUAGUUGGAAGGUCUAGAAGCUCUUUAACUCAUCCAGUGUGACUCUUUCCCAGGUACUUGCCAACCUGGUUCUGAAUCAGGGCAAAACAGAUAAUUUGUUCUUUGGAAAAUCGUGAAAAGCAGCUUUAGGAUCACACUUCUUACAUUUAUUUAUUUUUUUUUUCAUCCCCAAAGCAGCUGUGCUGUUAGAAUGGUCAGCAUUCCCUCUGAAAACCUGCCAGAUGGAUUUCCAGAGCUGGCUUGUCUUCCCAGUGGAGUUAUUGCUGUGCUGUGCCCUUCAGACAUCUGCUGCUCAGCAUCCCACACCUCCCAACUGCACCAGUGAUGCUCAAAGAAUAUCCUUCAGCCACUCCUAUAGGACUGACCUACCCACGUCCUCCCAGGUUAAGGUGGAAGCAGAUCCAUCACAGCAUGAUGGAGACAGCAGUGGGGUGCAGCUGGAUCCUGGAGAGGCUGAGGAAAAUGAGCAGAAUAUAAUUUUUAGGCACAACAUCCGUGUGCACGCACCCAAAGGGAACUGUGGAACUUUGACCCACGUCGAGGAGCUGUUGGAAAGGAUGGAGAAGCUUGAGAAGGAAGUGGCAGAGCUGAGGGAAGUUUGCAGCCCUCAAAAGUGCUGUGGGGGAAGCCCAGGUAAUAACUGUGCGCUUGCCCCCCGGAACCUGCAGCUGCUGAACUCCACAGAGAGCUCUCUGGCUCUCAGCUGGGAUCCAGUGGCUGAUGUGGAUAAUUACCUCCUUACUUAUUAUCCAGCUGGGGAUGAGAUGUUGGUGAGACAAAUCCAUGUUCCCAAAGAGCAGCUCAGCUCCGAGAUCGUGGGGCUGCGCCCUGGCACCACGUACAGCGUCGCACUUCGGCACGUGAAGAAGGCCAUUGCCAGUGAGCCCAAGGAUCUAGAAGCAAGCACAGCCCUGUCUGCACUCAGUGCCAUCUGGGUGACAGAGGAGAUGGAGCACUCAAUGGAAGUGGAGUGGGAGAACCCACCAUCAGAUGUGGAUUAUUACAAGCUAAAAUUCAGAUCCCUGGUAGAGAUGGAUGAGAAGCAGGUCAUGGUGCCCAAAAGCCAUGACCUUAAGAGCAGAUACAUCCUGACUGGACUGAAGCCUGGCACGGAGUACGAGGUCACUGUCAUACCUGUGAAAGACAACACAGAGGGGGAGCCAUCCUCAGUGGCUGGGAGGACUGAAAUCGACAGCCCAACUGAACUGUCAUCUGACCAAGUGACAGAGAAUGCAAUUGCUGUUUCCUGGAACAAAGUGCAGGCGUCAAUAGACAGAUACAGAGUGAGCUACACCUCAGCUGAUGGGGACAGAGAGGUGGAGGAAGACAAGAACGUCACUACCUUGGCAGGACUGGAGCCAGGCACGAAGUACAUCAUUUACAUCUGGGCAGAGAAGGGAGAACAGCAGAGCAAGAGGGUCAGCACUGAGGCUGUGACAGGUGAGUGGACAGUAGAUUUUGUUGAGUGUAAGCUCAGAGAUCAGGCACCAUUAGGCUUAGCCCAUCCUGGACACGCAGUUUACUACCACGCUGUGAUCUCCUCUGUGCUUUUCCAUGAUCUCUGGAUUGAUCCUCCCAAGAACCUCUGUGUGUCAGAGGUGACUCAUUCUACUGGUGUGGUUACCUGGGCUCCUCCUGCAGCACAGAUCGAUGGCUACUCCCUGACCUACCGGGGUCCGGGUGGCACAAGCGAGGAAGUACAGCUGGAUCCCAGCAAACAACGGUGUCUGGAAGGCCUGGAGCCAGGAGUGAGGUACACUGUCUUUGUGAAGGCCUACAAGGGAGAUCACCAGAGCAGAAGGACAGUCAGUUCCUUCUCAACAGGGAGCCUCCUGUACCCGUAUCCCAUGGACUGCAGGCAGGUGCAGCAGAAUGGGAAUGGCUCCAGCGGCGUGUACACCAUUUACCUGGCUGGGGAUGGCAGCAGGCCACUGCAGGUGUACUGUGACAUGGCUGCUGAUGGAGGAGGGUGGAUAGUGUUUCAGAGGCGGAGCACUGGUGAGGUGGAUUUUUACCAGCGCUGGAAGAAUUAUGUGGAAGGCUUUGGAGAUCCCACUGGGGAAUUUUGGCUUGGUCUUGACAAGCUGCACAACCUCACGAGCAGCAGCCCCGUCCGCUCCGAGCUCCGUGUGGAUUUGCAGACAGCCAGCGAAUCCAUCUACGCUGCCUAUGACUCCUUCCAGGUUGCCUUGAGCAGGGAGAGAUACAGACUGUCAGUGGGGAGUUACAGAGGCAGUGCUGACACUUCUGGGGCUCCCCAGCUAAGAGUGGAUAAAAAAGUGGCUUUUAUUCAGGAUGGGCGUUUGCUCAACAGCAGUGCUGGCUUCUGCCACUGUAAAAGAAAUUCCUUGGUGUGUUCCCAAGGUGUGAACUGGGAGCCAUGGAAAGGCCAUGAAUUCUCCAUUCCUUUUACAGAGAUGAAGAUCCGUCCUCAGUCAUCCAGUAAUGAGGCAGUCCUGGGGAGGAAGAAGAGGUCUUUGUCAGGGAAGAGGAAGGGCAUCAGGGCUUAA